GCCCGGUCGCCGAGUGGCGGAGAGGUGACGGUAACCGCCUUCCCAUUUCCGCCCGGCCGGCCGCUCAGCGGGGUGAGUGCGGCAGAGAGCGCUCGGUCCUGCCUCCGCCCGCCCGCGCCGGGGGCUGGCCUUGCCUCGCCGGCGCCUUUUUCCCCCGCAGCGCGGCGCCGCUUCGCCACUCGGGCACCGCAGGUAGGGCAGGAGGCUGGAGCGCCUGCUGCCCGCCGCCCGUAAGAUGGUCCCCUCGGCUGGACAGCUCGCCUUGUUCGCGCUAGGUCUCCUGUUGGCUGUGUGCCAGGCCCUGGAGAACAGCACGUCUGCCCUGAGUGACCCGCCUGUGGCUGCAGCUGUGGUGUCCCACUUUAAUGACUGCCCAGAUUCCCACAGUCAGUUCUGCUUCCAUGGAACCUGCAGGUUUUUGGUGCAGGAAGACAAGCCAGCAUGCGUCUGCCAUUCUGGGUACGUGGGUGCGCGGUGUGAGCAUGCUGACCUCCUGGCCGUGGUGGCCGCCAGCCAGAAGAAGCAGGCCAUCACCGCCUUGGUGGUGGUCUCCAUCGUGGCCCUGGCUGUCCUCAUCAUCGCAUGUGUGCUGAUACACUGCUGCCAGGUCCGAAAACACUGUGAGUGGUGCCAGGCUCUCAUCUGCCGGCAUGAGAAGCCCAGCGCCCUGCUGAAGGGAAGGACUGCUUGCUGCCACUCCGAAACAGUGGUCUGAAGAGCCCAGAGGGAGUUUGGCCAGAUAGACUGUGGCAGCCUGAGGGAGAAAGGACUUCUUCAGGACCAGCUGGCUUCCUACUCUGCCAGCAAUCACCUGUGCAGCCUUUUUGUCUUUUGUGGGCCUUCCUUCACAACUCUGUCAAGAACUCUGUCUGCUUGGGGUUAUUUGGUGUGACCUAGAGAAGAAAUCAGUGGAUCACGGUUUCAAGACUGGUCAAAAAAGAAUUGCAAGGGGGUGGACUUCCUGUUGACCUCACUAAGGUGUGUGCGUCUGCCGGCCUCAGAGCCCAGAGACGUGUUGUCGUCUUCUGCCAGUCACCGAGGCCAGGCUGUGUUUCUUUUCCAUGGGCCCAUGUACCCACAACAGUAUCCAUCCUCCCCAACCCCAGAGAUUGCUGUCGUUGAGUUUUUUCUCAUCCUUUUAUUGGAGAAGAAGGUGGAAAAAGGGUAACUAUUGGUUAUGGGAAGAUGUCAAAUGUGAGAGGAGCCGUGUAUGUCCUCUGC